GGCAAGGCAAUUGCGCUUCAUAGGUGUUGCUUACACAUCAGUUGGAGGCUACUGUGUGAUCUUGGGUCAAUGUGCAUUUAAAUAAAUCAUAUUGUCCCAAAAUAAAUACACAAAGUUACAGGAUAGGCUAUCGGUGAUAGAUUGACAACAAAAAUAUGCCUCUGACUCCCUCCUCUGGACAUUUACGCAGUAUGACAGUUUAGCUCCACAUAGGGAGAGCUCGUUGUGACGCAAUCUGGCACAUACGUGUACACGUAUGAGUGCGUGUCUGUCUCGAUACAGCAGCCAUUCUCUGCCGGGUAGAUCAUAACGAUUUAGACUACAUCAGCUAAACAUUGUAGAAUGUUUUACAAAUACACAAACUAUAUCUUGCUGCUGUUCUUUUGACUAGGUACAGAAGAGUAGGUAUCAAAAGAUGAGCAGUUAAUAGACUACUCAACACGGAAGGGGACUCAUCGCAGGCACCUGCAUUUCUGAAAUGUCAUUGGAGAUAUGUUUCUUUGUUCCGAACAUUAUAGGUUACAUCCGGAUAGUCUUGGUCCUAGCGGCAUGGUGUGCUUUCAAUAAUCAUGCACUUUUUCUUCCUGCCUAUGUCACCUCCAUCAUAUUAGAUGGCAUUGAUGGCUGGAUUGCACGGAGGCUCAACCAAACUUCCAGGUUUGGGGCCUGGUUAGAUGUUAUAAUUGACAACAUGGGUCGGAGCAUGGUGUGGAACAUGUUGUUUCAAUGGGGUUGGCUAAUUUCAACUCUGGAGUGGUGUGUGUUUGUCUGUAACCACAGUGCUUUUGGUGUUCAGUGGAAGAGUAGCUUUAAGGAGAGUCCAUAUUGGGUAAACGCUAUCAUGGCCAAAGGUUUUAAAACACCCCUGGGAGUGUUCACGGUUGCUGGCCUGCACGUCUUGCCGGUGUGGUUGUAUGGAUGCCAGCAUGGGGUUCUUACCAACACAUUUUACAUCCCAGAAUGGUGCCAGGGCUUGGUGCUUCUGCUUUUGAUUGCAGGGAGGCUGCUGUGUAUGUCUGUGGAGAUGUGGUGCAUUUGGACCCAUGUGCUCUACCUCACCGACAUCAAGGAAACCAAACACAACUGACAGACUGGAAGGACUGCUCCUCAGCCAGCAAAUCAGUGCACAAACAUCGCCGUCACAUUUACUGGCACUCUUGGUAAAGUGGAAUAAAAAGAGGUGUAACAAAAUCAUCUAUUAGAUGAUGCUGUAAAUUGGA